CUGCCUGCCUCCUAUGUGAAGGGGAGGGGCGGGAGCUCUGGCUGCCGCCGCCGGGUUGCCGAGGCUGAGCUGAGCCAAGCGGCAGCGCGGGGCCUUGGACACGUCGGACCGGGAACGGGCGGGGAAGAGGAGCCCGCAAAGCGGCGGGGCCAGGCCGGCAGCUCUCCGCGAGCGCGGCCCGCCGCUGGGCAAAGAAAGGCAGGAAGGCGAAGGGAGAGCCACGAGCCCAGCUCUCGGCCGCCGCCGAGACAAAGAGCGAAGCCCGCCGCCGAAGGCAGCUCGCUCCCUCGCCCCUCUCCUUUCCGCCGCCUCUUCCUCCUGCCCAUCCGCGCCCCCUCGCUGGGCCGGAGCCGGGAGCAACAGACCGGCAGGCGGGCAGGUAGGAAGGAAGGAAGGAAGGAGGGCAGCCGCCGAGGAACGGAGGAUGGAAAUCAUCAUCAUCAUCAUCACUAUCAGUGCUAUUUGAGAAUGAAAUAGAUGGAAGUUGCUGUGACUUGAUUUUCCAUUUUUAGAGAGAGACUCCAUGAAAGAUGACAGAAGAAGUUAUUGUUAUAGCGAAGUGGGAUUAUACUGCCCAACAGGAUCAAGAACUUGACAUAAAAAAGAAUGAACGCCUCUGGCUGCUGGAUGAUUCCAAGACAUGGUGGAGGGUAAGAAACGCAGCCAACAAAACAGGAUAUGUGCCAUCAAAUUAUGUGGAGAGAAAGAACAGCUUGAAGAAAGGCUCCUUGGUUAAAAAUCUAAAAGACACAUUGGGUUUGGGUAAAACCAAACGGAAGACAAGUGCCAGAGACGCCUCUCCAACUCCUAGUACUGAUGCAGAAUACCCAUCAAAUGGUAGCAGUGCUGACAGGAUUUAUGAUCUGAACAUCCCUGCCUACGUGAAGUUUGCCUACGUGGCCGAGAGGGAGGAUGAACUAUCUCUUGUUAAAGGAUCUCGAGUGAUUGUUAUGGAAAAAUGCAGCGAUGGCUGGUGGAGAGGGAGCUACAACGGACAUAUUGGCUGGUUUCCUUCAAACUAUGUAGUUGAAGAAGUUGAGGAAGCGACUGCUGAUUCGCCAAGUUUUCUAAGUUUGAGAAAAGGGGCAUCCAUGAGUAAUGGCCAAGCCAUGAAAAUACUUCACAUUGUCCAGACAUUGUACCCAUUCAGUUCUGUCACUGAAGAAGAGCUCAAUUUUGAAAAAGGUGAAACUAUGGAAGUGAUAGAGAAACCAGAAAAUGACCCAGAAUGGUGGAAAUGUAAAAAUUCUCGUGGGCAAAUUGGUCUUGUUCCCAAAAACUAUGUAGUAAUCUUAAGUGAUGGUCCUACCAUUAAUGCUUCCCAUCCUCCUCAGAUAAGCUACACGGGGCCCUCUUCUACAGGACGGUUUGCAGGAAAAGAAUGGUAUUAUGGGAACGUUACUCGACAUCAGGCAGAAUGUGCUCUGAAUGAAAGGGGAUCAGAAGGCGACUUCCUUGUCAGAGACAGUGAAUCUUCACCCAGUGACUUUUCAGUAUCUCUAAAGGCUUCAGGGAAGAACAAACAUUUCAAGGUGCAGCUGGUGGACAAUGUCUAUUGCAUUGGGCAGCGUCGAUUUAAUACUAUGGAUGAGUUGGUGGAACACUACAAAAAGGCUCCUAUCUUCACCAGUGAGCACGGGGAAAAGUUAUAUCUUGUCAAAGCACUUCAGUGACAUUGAAGAUGGACUAGGCCUGCUGGGGCCUUUUGUAACUUAAAAGCCUUAGGUCCUCAAUCACUUUUAUAGAGCAGGGCACUCUGCACCAGACACAACUGUCAGUGAAUGGUCUGUUUCUGAGUAUUUGCUCUGUUGGUUAUAUUCUCUUUUCCUCCUUGCUUUUCUCUACCCCCAUUUUUGCUUAUUAGUCUUUUUAAAAAUUAAGUUGUUUUGAAUCCCCUCAGGUUGAAAUUUUCACUUAGGUGGGCCAUUGUAAGCACUCGUUUUAUUUCCUGGGUUUUUAACUCUUUCUAUGUACACGUUUACAGAGUUAAUCCAGAUAAAGGAGGGGUGUUCUUGAGUGAGAAACAGUGUUAUCAGACGGCUCCUGAUGGCAGAAAUCAUCAUUGAGAGACUGGGCACAGUUGAAUGCACUGAACCUGCAGCUAACUAAGUGAAAUAAUAGUAGACAUAACGGUUGUGGCUGUGAGUUCUGUAGCUAUUUUGCUUACCAAGUAAUAUAUUUCUGAAAUUCCUAGUUUCUAGAAGCAUUCUUCCCACACUCUCCUACAACUAUUACAUUGCUUCUUUGGCUCUUUGUGAAGAGUACACUAACUAAAGCAUUUUGUAAUAGUUCUUCUUAAACUACUACGGUAUGAUUGUAGUAAAGAAAACUAUCUAGCGUAUUUUGACAUGUAAUUUCAACCGAGAUGUUUCAUUGAAAGUUGAUUACUUAGAGAAUCAUUGAAUUGUAAUGGUUGAAUGUUUUGGUAUCUACAACCAGAUGUGCCAUCCACAUAAUGCUUUCUCUUCUUGCCCUUCUGCUUGUUUGAAUUAAACAGUUAUGUAUUUAA